GUGACAAGCUGACUUCCUCCAUGCAGUGCAGUGAGUACCUGAGACCGGAUCGUGUCCAGUGCAAUGUCCUCCGCCAGGAGAGAAGUCCUUCUUUCUAAGGUUUUGACGAGAUUGUAUCCUACCACUGCUGAUAGUCAGACUGUAGCAUCCAAAAAUGAGACCCUACCGACAGGAACAGGAGAGAAGUCUAAAGAAAUGAUACAGCCAUCGAUACCGGAGUCAGCAGGUAUUCAAAAAUUGAACCUUUCUGACCUAAAGGUAUACACUGUAAGUCUUCCCCCAGAUGACUACAUUCCACCUCCAGCAACUGAUCUCAACUCUCCCACCACAGAAGAUUCAGAUGUAGAAGAAGAUCAACCAGUGGAAAUUCAUAAAAGACGCAGAAGGAAGAAGAAAGUAAACAUUAUCAACAAGUCCUCCCCUGACAGAGAACAAAAUGUCCAACAAGCUCCUCAUCCUCAAGUGUUCGAAGGAGGAAAGAUCAAUAAAAACAAAAAGAGGAAACUGCAACGAAAGCGACAGAAAGCAAGACUGAAGGCUGAAGGCCUGUGGACCAAACGAAGAACAUGUCAUCCUGAGGUGUCCCAGGCCAAAGACCAUACAGUCAAUCAAUCUGAUGAAAAGACAGAGGAAGACCAAAUAAAGAAAAGAGAGGACUUGCUUGAAUUCUUUCAAGAUACUCAAGAGCUCUAUUUCUCUAAUAACAAGUACAGACGUGUAGACUCUGCUCUGAUGGUGGAACAGAUCCUAGAGAUACUGGACCAGAUCAAGAGUGGUGCAGUGCCCUUCUCUGAAAUUCAGCUCUUACAUCAUGUGAAAAGCCUUCUUCUUCUACAGGAUAUUGAAAGAUUAAAAGAUUCCUUGGACAGUUUCAAAGAGCAAUCUUCCAUGCCUCUUGAUCACAAAACAGCGCUGUGUUCUUUAUUUGACUACUGGAUUACGAACAUCUUGCCAAUAAAGACAAAAUCCACAGAGUAGUUACUGUUCAAAUAAUGUGUGUGUGCUCAUUCAUGCAAAUUUUAUACUAACUCUCCCUAAUUGAGAGAAUAUGGUUUUAAGAGACACACAAUUACUGUCUUGAGCUCUGUUCACACUGGCGACAUAGCUUCCAUUUUCGAAGAAUGAAUGACAAACGUGGUGGAGAUCUAUUGUAACUGCCUGACUCAUGAGGCCUGGUCGUUAACUGCUUUUUGGUGCUCGUUAGACUAACAAAGAAAACAAUGCUAUUGUGUGCAUUGGCAAUGAAAACCUGAAUGAACCAUAAACUGUACCAUAGACAUUUCAUCUUUUAGACCUUUACCUCCAUAAGGGGUCAUAAAAUAAACAAAUACCGUUUAUCAGAUGCAGAGUGUCAUCUGAGAUCUAUUGAAAGGUUCAUGUGAAUGGCCACCAAUGUUGGGAUCUUAAUGUAAAAGGAAUCUCCACUACUUCUGCUUUUUAUUUAACUGUCUUAUUCAGCUCACUUUGAUAAGAACAGUUUCAAGAAUGGUAGUUAGAGAUGAGCGAAUUUUCAUAUUUUUUAAUUCGUUAACGCUUCAUUUGGUGGUAAAAGCAGAAUUGCGUUAUGGAUUCCGUUACCAUAAC